CAACAACAACCCUGUGAGGUGGAACAAGAAAAAAUGCAUCAGAAACUGAAGGAACAAGCUUUGCUUUUGGAUGCUGUUACGCGAGACCUUCAGGUUGUGCAGAAAGAAAAAGCUCAGCUCCAGAAAAAACUAGAAGACUUGCAAACUGAGCAUGCUGAAUGCAAGAAGAGGGACUGUAAAGAAGACACCAUUGCCGCUGAAAAGGCCCGCCUGGAGUCUGUACUUUCCCAGACCCAAAAGGAAUUGGAGACAAUUAUACAGGAGCGAAAUUCUUUGCUAAAUGAGAAAAAGAUACUUGAAGAAGAGUCGCAGCAAACAAUACAAGAAACAAGAAAGUCUGAAAAGUUGGAAGCCGAACUAACGGAAAAAAAGUCGGAAAUUAAUUGCCUGCAAGAAUCAGUGAAAGCACUAGAGAAAGAAAAAAGGGAAUUUUUGGAGCAGGAUGCUGCACUUAAGCACCAAAAGCUGAAAGUACAGCAACUGGAAGAAGAACUGCAGUCCCUCAUAUAUGUGCAAUCAGAGAAUAAUCAGCUUCGCACAUUUUGUAUCGCCCUGAAGGAUAAAUAUGAUCAGACACAGUCCCUCCUUGUCUGCAGAGACGAGGCUCUUUCUCUCUCAGUCAAAUCCCACGAAGAAGCGUUAAGAGAGAACCAGAAGCUCAAAGGGCAAAUAGAUGCCAUUGAAGAAAGAGAGAAGCGCAAGCUGGCAAAUCUACAACACAAGCUGGAAGAAUCGAAGGAAGACAACAUCAAAAUGACCACAAUUCUACAAAAUGUGUUGGCUUCUCAUAACAAGAUGCAGGCAGCUCUGGAAAAGGUACAGAUUGAAUUGGAGCACAAAGAUUCGGAUAUUGCUGGCUUGAAGAAAGAGAGGGCUCAGAACGAGCAAAGAAUUCAGGCGCUGGAAGAAGAGCUGGAAGAAUAUCAGAACAAGCUAGCUUUGGACUCCCAGCGCAAUGCGAAGAUGAACUCACUUCGUAAAUCCCUGGAAACCUCCAAACUGGACAAGAAGAAACUGAUCCAAAAUUUAGAGCAAACUCUGCAGACCAACUGUGCCUUGGAAAGCAAACUCUCUCUUGUUCAAGAUGAGCUGGAAAGCAAAGAAGCUGAAUGCAAGCAAUUAAUGCAAUGCAGGUCAGGUUUUGUUUACUUAUAUAUGCAUUUCCUGCUGCCUUACAGAACCUCUAGGUCAGGGGUGUCAAACUGAAUUUCUUCCAGGGCCAGAUCAGCAUUGUAAUCCUCUGCGGGCUGGCUGGCGGGGAGACAGGACAGACGCCUCCUACAGAGCCACAUUUUCGGCCAGGACAAACGCCUGCAACAUUUUGCCAGCCAAAGGGGGGGCGCAGGGAGCCGCGUGAGGCCCUCGCACCCUGUUUUGGCUGGCAAAGUGCUGCAGGAGGCCAUCCUUUGCCUUUGAGGGAUUGACAAAAAAAAAAA